GUCAUCCCUUUCCUGAUCUCUGUCCUCCUCUCCUUCUCUCGCUCUCUCGCGGUCGCUCUAUCUCCCUCUCUCCUUCUACCUUAAUUAUAUCCAUAUGUCGGACCCUAGUUCUCCUAAGUAUGAGGCCCAUGUGGUCCAAUCAUCAGCGGAGCUAGACCCUCCACCGCCGCAGCCGCUUCCGUCGCCAUCACCGCCGCCGCCUCCUCCUCUUGCACUGCACGCGCUAGACCAAACCCCGCAUUCCCUUCCUGCUUACGCGGGCGAUGCUCCGUCCCCUAAGGGCAAAUCCCCCUCCCCCAGGCAUCUGCAGAGGUCGUCCCCGAGGAGCAACCCCUCCGGCUCGGCCUCCUCUGGCGGGAAGCACCCGUUCUACCGUGGCAUCCGGAGCCGGAGCGGCAAGUGGGUGUCGGAGAUCCGGGAGCCACGCAAGACGACCCGCGUGUGGCUGGGCACCUACCCCACCCCGGAGAUGGCCGCUGCCGCCUACGACGUGGCUGCCCUGGCCCUCAAAGGCGGGGACGCGGUCCUCAACUUCCCGCACUUGGUGAAGUCGUACCCGGUCCCCGCAUCCACCGCGCCCACCGACGUGCGAAGGGCAGCAGCUGCCGCCGCUGCCUCGAGGAAGGCGGAAACGAGCGGCGGCACCGAUGAUACAGCAUUGUUAGGUCAGGAAGGCGAUGAGGGCAAGACUAGGAAAGAUCAUCGUCCUGAUUUAAGCUCAAAACCACCGGAAGCCGAAUUCAUCGACGAAGAGGCACUGUUCGAUAUGCCAAACUUGUUGGUGGACAUGGCGGAGGGAAUGAUGGUGUCGCCGCCGAGAAUAAGCUCGCCCCCCUCGGACGACUCGCCUGACAACUCCGACAUGGAAAGCUUGUGGAGCUACCCUUAAAAUUGUUUCCCCAGUUGCGUGUUUCAAAAACUUCCUCAACCAAAUUAAACAUCUCCAACGACACGAAAAAUUUCACAGAUGAUUAAGAGGGCUUGUGAGUGUGUGUGUGUGUGUGUGUGUGUGUGUGUGUGUGUGUGUGUGUGUGUAUGUGUGUGUGUGUGUGUGGACUAAAACGACAGUGAUCAAUAUUCAAUACUAGAUAGCCAGGACAUGAUUGUUCCUGGAAACUACAUUGAGCAAAAGAGGUGGGGAAGAAAAAGGAGAAAAAUUACAGGGCAUGGGAGAAAUUGUCGCAGUGCAGUGAUAAAUUUUGAU